UGAGCACUGCCCGCCGCGCGCCCGGGCAGCCCAGGGCCGGCGAGCAGCUCCGCAAAGUCGCCGAGCGAAAGGAGGCGGAGCGCCCGCAAAGUGGCCGGGCUCAGCGCCGGGGCUGGGCAGGGAGAGGUGUGCCCGGGGACCUGGAUCCUGGUGCCCUUGUGCCUCGCGUGGAGCGGCCGGUGCACCGGGAGGCGAGCUGACGCUCUGGAAAGAGAAAUCAAAUUGCAGCCUCCCCAAAGACGUUAAGUUACGCAGGCCAGCCAGUUCCCGGAGAGCGUUCGCGAGCGCGCGUAGAGCCGCGCCACGCCGCGCCGCACCGCAGAGCCCUCCCGGGCCAGUCGGCUGGGAGCGGGGCGCCGUCCGAGAGGUAGCGGCUCCUGAGCACCGGGUCUGGCCGGGAGUGCUCCCCGGUGCAGAGAGAGGGCGUUCAGGGUUCCGCCAGCCCACCCGCCGCCCGUGCCCGACUUGGGCGCCCCCUCCGUCCCACUCCGGGAGCGAUGCCCCCCGCCCCUCGCGCCCCCCGGGAACGACGCGAGCAUGGAGAAGUCGAGUAGCGAGGAUUCUUCGAUCCACCGGAGUCCAUCUUUGGACAGCAAGGACUCGGACUUUGCCAAGCCGUCCACCUCGGGCCGCCCGUUCGGCCGCGGCUUCACGGCCGGCGCUUUCUACGGCACCGCGGGCUCCCGGGGACAGAGCCGCGCCGAGGCUGGCGUCAAGACUGACAAGUACAAUGCACCCAAAGGCAGCAAGUACGUGGUGUUUUACCUGGACCUAUCCUUUGUUUUUCUCCUAGAAUUUAAGAAGUGCAACAUGGCCAGGGGCUGCCUCUGCUGCUUGAAGUACAUGAUGUUCCUCUUCAAUCUGAUAUUCUGGCUCUGUGGCUGUGGGCUGCUUGGCGUGGGCAUUUGGCUCUCCGUGUCCCAAGGCAACUUUGCCACCUUCUCCCCCAGCUUCCCCUCGCUGUCUGCAGCCAACCUAGUCAUCGCCAUCGGCACCAUUGUCAUGGUGACAGGCUUCCUCGGCUGCCUGGGGGCCAUCAAGGAAAACAAGUGCCUCCUCCUCAGUUUUUUCAUCGUCCUGUUGAUCAUCCUCCUAGCAGAGCUGAUCUUGCUUAUUCUCUUCUUUGUCUACAUGGACAAGGUGAAUGAGAACGCCAGGAAAGACCUGAAAGAGGGUCUGCUGCUGUACAACACAGAGAACAACGUGGGGCUGAAGAACGCCUGGAACAUCAUCCAGGCUGAGAUGCGCUGCUGCGGCGUCACUGACUACACGGACUGGUACCCAGUGCUGGGGGAGAACAUGGUUCCUGACCGCUGCUGCAUGGAGAACUUCCAGGGCUGCGGGCGCAACACCACCACCCCUCUGUGGAGAACGGGCUGCUAUGAAAAAGUGAAGAUGUGGUUUGAUGAUAACAAGCACGUGCUCGGCACGGUGGGGAUGUGCAUCCUUAUCAUGCAGAUUCUGGGCAUGGCCUUCUCCAUGACCCUCUUCCAGCACAUCCACCGGACUGGUAAGAAGUAUGACGCCUGAGCCGGCUGGCUGGGAACACCCUGGCCCGCCAACAUGGACACUGUGCCCGGGAAGAAGAUUUGAGCUUUGUGUUGCCUGCCCGCGCUCUCCAGACUGCUGACCCUUGCAACCACCUCCCCAGCCCCCCCGCCCCCAGCCCACCCCGCCUCAGCCUUCUUGGUGGGGGGAGGGCCAGGGAGGAGGAGGCGUGGAGGAGGCGCACACAGACCUUGGGGUGCUGGAGGCGCCUGGAUUCCUGCAUCUGUGUAUUUGCCAAAGAAGAUAGGGUGGGCCGGGUUCGUGCUCCUGGAGCCCCCCCAGCACGGAUGCGUUUCUGCCCCUGCCCUUCCUCACCCUGCCACUUUGUCCCCGUGGGGGUGGGGAGCAGAGAGCUCCCUCCUGGUGGAGAGACUGCCCAGUGGAGGCCACUGGUGUCCACGGCCACCCCCCAGGGCUAGAGCUUGUGGGGUCCGGGUCUGACUGCCUCUGGGCAAGGCCCCUGGGAGCAUCUUGCCCAGGCCUUUUAUACCUUACAGUGUAACUUUUUUAUUUUAUUUUACUCUGAUUAUGAUUAUUCAGGAGUAUUAUCUCUCAGAUAAGUUUAGGGUUAGCUUUCUGAUUUGUAACUUUUUACUGUGUUGAUUUC